AGACAUGUUGGCUUGAGGACAACUGGCUGAUCUUGCAAUCCUCAUUCCUCAGGGAUGGAUCACUGUAGCCACAGGGCUGACUCAUACACUGGGCAGAGUUAAAAGCUGCUGUAGCGCUCAGAGAACAAACAGAGUCUUCUGUGGGACUCUGCCGAGCACUUCUCAGGCCUGGAUAUUUGGGACAAAAACUCUCGAUUAAACCUGAAUAUGAACUACACACAGUUGCUGCUGCUGCUGCUGCUCAACCUCAGUGGAGUAAUUUGUGCAGUGAUACAAUGGACAGAAUUAGAUGAAGCAAAGGCCUAUUUGAAGCAGUACGGCUACCUGAACGACCCUGCUGAUCCACAAGACCCUCAUCACCUGGAAGAGGUCAUUGAAGCUCUCAGGGUUUUCCAGAGGGUGAAUGAUCUACCUCCUACUGGGGAAUUAGAUGAAGCUACUCUGUAUGUGAUGAGACAGCCGCGUUGUGGCAUGGAGGACCCCUUCAACAAGAAAUAUCACAAAUACAGAGUGAUGGGUCGUUGGAGAAAGAGGAGUCUGACCUACCGCAUUUAUAACUACACACCUGACAUGAAGAAGGCAGAUGUCACGGCAGCCAUCCGCUCUGCCUUCAGGUAUUGGAGUGAUGUGGCUGCUUUGACCUUCAGAGAGGUCCACUAUGGCAGGGCCGACAUAAGGAUCUCCUUCCAUAAGAAAGAUGGCUACUGCUCCGUCCCAUUUGAUGGCCGUGGUCAUGUACUGGCCCAUGCUGAGUCACCAGAAUCUGGUAUUGUCCAUUUUGAUGAGGAUGAGUUCUGGACUGAGAGAUCAUAUUAUGGUACUAAUCUGCGUAUUGUAGCUGCCCAUGAAAUUGGCCACGCUCUCGGCCUGGGUCACUCUCAGUUCAGAAGUGCUCUCAUGGCUCCGGUCUACUCUGGUUACCGUGCCAACUUCAGGCUGCAUUCGGAUGAUGUCAAAGGCAUCCAGGCAUUGUACGGCAAACGCAUCACCAGUAGUUUGGCCAGUCCAACAGCCUCAGACAGCCCUCUGUUUCCCACAGAAAGCAGCCCUAGUGCUGAGAGCAUUCCUAACCCCUGCACUGCCACACUGGACGCCAUCAUGUUAGGUCCAUGGAGGAAAACCUUUGCUUUCAGUGGCGAUUAUGUGUGGACCAUCUCUGAUCUGGGACACAACACACCAAUAAAGAUUCACAGAUUAUGGGGGGCACUCCCUGGAAGCCUGAAUGCUGCAGUGCACUCUCCAAGAACCAACAAGACAUACUUCUUUAAAGGUAAUAAAGUUUGGAGGUACACCAUGUUUGCGUUGGACUAUGGCUACCCGAAAGAGGUCAAACGGAUCCCUCCUAAUAUCGAUACAGCCUUGUACCUGGAGAUGAACAAGAAGCUGGUCUUUAUCAAGGGUUCAGAGCACUGGCAGUGGGAUGAGCUGAAGUUCACCGACAUGACUCUCUACCCCAAACCGCUGUCUAUGCUCUUCACCGGUGUGCCAUCCAGUCCAGAUGCCGCCUUCACCUGGACCAACGGCAAGAUCUUCUUCUUUAAGGGAGACGAUUACUGGCGUGUGAAUGAGAUGCUGAGAGUCGACAGAGGAUACCCACUGAGCAAGAAGGAGCGCUGGAUGCGAUGCUAAGGAUCAGCCAUUAGGGGGCAGCAGGUACCAAGAGGUUAACAUCAGAGGGUGCUAGUUCCACACCAGGGGCACUGACAACCAGGCAACCUCAUCAGCAGUGACUGUUUGUGAAUUGUCAUCUAAAAUGUUCAAUAAUAAUAAUAACGAUGAUAAUGAUAAUGGUUCAUUUUAUUUCACUGGAUUUUAAUUAAGCUACUCCUGCCCUCCACAGCAGGCUGAUGUUAAUGAGGCUUAGUUAUUGAGCACACUUUGUGACUGCAAAUAUCAUGCAAGCUUUUGUAUGAUCUCAGGUAGAAAUCAAGGGAGGCCUGUUUUUCUCUCAAACAUAUGUGUUGGAUUAAGCACCUUAAUAGUUUCAGAAAGAUGUAAUAUGAUGUUGGGAGUGCAUUUUUUGUUUCUGACAUUUCAUUUAACCAGUCUACUUUUCAAGUAUGUUCAGAGCUCAUAAGUACUAACACUUCAGUUAUCUCAUGAAUCAAACUGGUCUGUGAGAAAUCACGUGAAAAGGAUCCUAUUCUGAUGCUUUUAAGUUAAAAUGUAACUUUUUUUUUACAAUUAAACAAGACAUAUUGUCAGCAAUGAAA